UACAUCUGAACAAUAACUUUGAGAUUUUAGUAUAAAAUGCAUGAACCAAGGAUUCCAAGCAUUCGACCAUCCAGAAAAACCCUCCAAAAGGAACAAAAAUGAAAGCAUCAGCCAAAGCAGUAUCAAUCUGCAUACUUUUAGAGUGCCUCACUGUGAUCCGAGCUUCCCCUGUUGAAGCAGUCAAGCCCAACAACACAGAGAUUACUCCCAAUGUCCAUUAUAUCCAGAUACUCUGUGGUAGAGAUGACCCUCAGGGUAUGCCAGGAACCCCAGGAAUUGAUGGGAGAGAUGGAGAGCCAGGGAUGCUGGGGGAAAAGGGAGAGCUGGGGAUACAGGGACUAAAAGGGGACAGAGGAGAACAAGGACCCGCCGGUGGAGGGGUCACUUAUAUAAGGUGGGGGAAGACAUCUUGUCCCUCUGUGUCAGGAACAUUGCUGCUCUAUCACGGAAUAGCCGCUGGGAGUUGGUAUGCACAUGUUGGAGGUGGGGCGAACUAUCUAUGUAUGCCGCAUAACCCUCAAUAUGGAGCUUUUCAAGCUGGUGUGCAAGGUACAAGCCCUAUCUAUGGAACUGAGUACCAACCGUAUGGUGGACCACUUGGCUCACACGAUCACAAUGUCCCUUGUGCUGUUUGCUAUGCAUCUACAAGAGUGUCGCUGCUGAUGCUGCCAGCUCGAGUGGAAUGCCCAACAUCUUGGACUCGUGAAUACACGGGCUAUCUGAUGUCAAAUUAUUUUGCUAAUAACCACCAUCGAACCAUGUAUGAGUGUGUUGACCAAUCUCCUGACAGAAUACCAGGAAGCGCACCAAGUACAGACGGUGCAGUAUUCUAUCAUGUAGAGGCUGCCUGCAAUGGCCUACCUUGUGGACCUUAUGACCCACAGAAAGAACUAACAUGUGCUGUGUGUACCAAGUAGACUGAGCUAACAAUACAUAGACUACUAUGUAAGAAACUGAGUUCUUUAGCAGUGCCAGUGUGAUUAUUGUACAUAUUAACUGGGUUGUAAAUCUAUAUGCACAAAGUAAAACAUAUGCUGUAUACAUUAUUAAAUUUGUAGAAAAUUGGCGUCAUUCAUAGGUCACAUGACACAUGUAUGAAACCUCGAUGAAAAUGUUUAU